AUGGCGGAUUCCACCUCUUCUCCUGCCAUUUCAGAACCCAACCCGCAAAGAGCUGACUCGGGGGCUCCCAAUUCUCAUCAGAAUCAACCCGAUCCGGUUCCUCCCUCCGCACCCCCGGCAGUACAACCUCUGCCAUCAUCCUCUGCGCCCGUCGGGGCAGUAAACCCUAACUUGAGCCCAUCAGGACUACCCCCGCCGCCUCCUUCAAUUUCAUAUGCGGCGGCGGGGGCGGCAACCCAAGUCUCUGGGGGAGCCGUUGCACCUCCCGUCGUGCCAUCGUUCAGGCCAGUAGCUCCGCAGACUCCUCAUUUUUCUCCCAUACCUAACCCUCUCAACUAUCAAAACCCAGCUGUUCAGCCGCCCGGUGUAACUUCUGCCUCCCCAAUGACUCCCGGUGUGGCUAGUAGUGCGGGAGCGGUUUCAGUGCCAGCGCAGAUGCAGCCAAUGAUGGUUCCUUAUCAGAUUCCCCCGGUCAGCCUGCAAAUCCGGCCUUGA